UGUUGAUCUCCACCCCUUCCUGUGGUCCUGUGUAACAAGUUGUGACCGUGUGGGGGGAUCCCGGUGAUGACGGUGGGGCAGACGGUUUACUGACGUUGAAGGCACCAAUGGCCGGAGCUAUGGGCACACCGUACCUAGUAGCAGAGGGAAUUCAGAAGCAAGAAAAGGGAGGUGUUUGAAGAUAUACUAGAAGAGCGACGUCAGUCCAGUGACCUGCGAUAUGCCAUGAAAUGUUAUACUCCAGUCAUCUAUAAGAACCUUAUCCCAUGCAAGCCAAGUGCCCUGAAAACCAUGGUGUUACAGUCUGACCAGCUGCAAUAUGUUAUCCGACAGAUUAGUUUGGAAUCUGGAGAAUCCACUGAUGUUGUUCAGGAUCAAGCAGCUGAGAUUCUUGAUGAAAUGGGUCAAAAUUUAACCCUGGCUACUGUCCGAAUGUUUGCUCUCACUCUGAGCAAAAUCUUCAAAAGGCUUUUUCAAAAAGUUUGUGUCAAUGAGGAGGGCAUACAGAGGUUGGCACAAGCUAUUCAAGAGCAUCCGGUUGUAUUGUUACCCAGUCAUCGGAGCUACAUUGACUUUUUGAUGAUGUCAUACGUUCUGUACACAUAUGAUCUGGCACUUCCCGUUAUCGCGGCUGGAAUGGACUUCAUGGGAAUGAAAAUUGUGGGAGAGUUGCUGAGAAUGUCUGGUGCCUUCUUUAUGAGACGCACUUUUCGUGGAAACAAGCUUUACUGGACAGUGUUUGCGGAGUACGUGAAGACAAUGCUGCGGAGUGGCUAUGCUCCAGUAGAGUUCUUUGUUGAAGGUCAAAGAAGCAGAACAUGCAAGACAUUGACACCCAAGUAUGGACUCCUAAGUGUCAUAAUGGAGCCAUUUUUCAAAGGAGAAGUGUUUGAUACUUAUCUGGUACCAGUCAGUAUCAGCUAUGAGAGAAUACUUGAGGAGACACUUUAUGCAUAUGAGCUCCUUGGAGUGCCAAAACCAAAGGAAACCACAUCAGGAUUGAUCAAAGCCAGGAAAAUUCUCAGUGAUGACUUUGGAAGUAUUCAUAUAUCUUUUGGGAAACCAAUGUCAUUGAGGUCAUUAGCAUCUGGAAGACUAAAUCGCUCUCAGUAUAACCUUAUUCCCAGACAUUUCUCUCAACGACCUUCAAAGGAAAUGCAAAAGUUUAUCUCUGAUGUGGCCUAUAAAGUAGAACUUCAGCAAAUAGCUAAUAUGGUGCUGAGCCCUGGAGUCUUGAUAGCAGCCAUUUUGUUACAAAAUCUACCUUCACUGAACUUCAGUGUAUUAGUUGACAAAACCGUUUGGCUGAAAGAUCUUACAGAAGCCUUUGGGGGAUGUCUAGAAUGGCCUGAUAACAUGUCUGCCAGUAAAGUAGUUCGAGCCAGCAUAGACCUUUACUCAAAUACUAUGAAACUUGCUGAUGGAGAAGUAAUUUUAUUUGAGAAAAACCCAAAUGACAUUCUUACAGAAGAACAGGUCUUUAUCCAGGCUGUUACUUUGCUCAUGUGUGCCUCCUACAGGAACCAGAUGGUCAAUACAUAUAUACGACCUGGCCUGGUAGUGCUAGCUUGCAAGAUGGGAUCAAGCACAUCAAAAGACGAUGUUUUCAGGACGUUUUGCUUCUGGAGAAACCUUUUUUCCAAAGAGUUCAUUUUCUUUCCUGGGUUUGAAGAGAAGGAUUUUGAAGAAGGCAGUUUUCUGCUGUCAAAGUGUGAUGUAGUUCAUCUAACUCCACAUGAGAUAGUCAUUACGAAGAAUGGGGAGAGCACAGCCAUGUUCUUAUUUAAAAUGUUUCAGCCUUUCUUGGAAGGUUACCAGCUAGCCUUUAAGCACUUAGCAAUGGAGGUUACAGAUAGCGUGACAGAAAAGCAGUACCUAUCUGGUGUGAGAAGCUUUAUUACACAAAGGAUCCUGGCAGGAACUUCCCAAUGUUAUGAGGCCUUAUCUUCUGAUAUGCAAAAAAAUGCACUACAAUCUUUUGUGCAGCUGGGGUUUAUGAAAGGUUGUAAAUCGGGUGAUGCAGUCAUCUUCACUGUCGAUAAGCAAGUUAUGGCAGACAUGGAAGGAAAACUUGGACUACGGAUGCUUGGAAUGAAGAACCUAGAGGCUCGUCUUUAAGAAAUGCAACAGCUUUUUGACCAAUUUUGGUUAUGCCAGUGGUUUUAAAUAUGAAUUCAGUUACUUGGAACCUCAACUAUUAAGAAACCUAAACAGGGGAGGGAAGUUGAAGGGCUGGUACCAAUUCUCAUUUAUGAGAAUCAAGGUCAAUUUUAUGGACUAAUCACUUUGCCAAUGAAACGAGCAUCAAGAACAAAAGUCACUUGUUACCUUCUGCCGAUGCGCUAUGACUUUCCUUAUGAGAUUUUAAAGAACCAUCAAGCGAAAUGAAGUGCCAAGGAGCGAAUUGCACUACAAUAUGGUUAUACUUUAUUUUAAGUGAGUUUAAUCACACUGUAUUGAGUGAUGGUUACAUUAUUGUUCUUUUAACACAGACUGUGUGGUAGCACAACAUUUUCAACCUGAUUAUUUUGAAACAGCAAAUUCUGACACUGCCGGAUUUACCAUGUACAGAUCCAGAUCUCACACUAGAAUCUUUAACUCAGGUCCUCAGUGAUUGCAGUUACUGAAACAUAUUGGCGUUACUUAUUUUCUAUAUCUUGGAAUAUUGCCAUUUACUGUUACCCAAAAGCACUUAAAGUGGAAUAUUUAUGUCACUUGAACUACUGUUAUUUGUUUGUGGCAUGUCUGAGAUUUUGGAAACUGGGCAGUAGGUACCGUGCUGUACAUACUUUGAAGGCCCAAAAAUGUAAAUUCAUAAAAAGAACACAAAAUAAAUAUAUACUUUACAUCA